AUGGCAGUAAUGCGUACUACUCAGUCUGCAGCCACUUUGCAUCGCAAUCUGGUUGCUGGUCGUCUACAUCGAAAUCGAGGUACAAUCCAUGUGCGUAAUCUGUGGUGGUGGGGAAGAAGAGACAGGUCUUCUCAGUCCUAUGUCGAUGAUAUGGAAGAGCGUCUUCGCAGGCAUCAUGCUCUCAUGAUGCACAGGUAUACCAAGGCAGUGAGGCGGAGGGCGCUCUGGGAGAGAGAUGGUAGCCCCAGAUACUACGGCUGGGGUCACCUCCGUUGUAGAAUGCGAGGCAUGUCCUCUACUGAGCCACUACGGGCCAAGGUUGAGGAACCGAAGUCGAAAGAUACAACCCCACCAGAUGCGUGGCAGGAAUACCAUAAGAACUUUGAGUCUUUCAAGAAAGCUGUUGAUCAAGCUAUCGAACGCGACCCAUAUGGCACUCUCUUUGGUCGGAGAUGGAGGGGCCCCGAUACUGGUAAUAAUUCUGCAUGGACAGCUUGGUCACGAAUCUUUGACCCAAGUCAAAUCAAGGAGGAACCUAAAGUAGAGUCUCAAACACAAUCACCUAACAGAGCGCCCGAGUCUGCAACUGUUAGGUCAGCGCCAAUAAAGGAGCAUUCAACAGCCACGGGAACACAACCAUCAGUAGAACAUUCGUCGUCCUCCAGCAAGACGACCACCACUAUCAGGUCGUCCCGGUCAAUUGUCUUUCAGAACAGUUCCUCUGCAACUACCGAGUACAUUUACGAUCCCAUCUCUGGUCGGAAAGUGCCACCGUCAAUCUCUGCGACUAUACCAAUGCAAUCGACCACUUCUACAUUCGAGACCCAAACCUCCACACCCCACAAAUCUACCACAAGCAGGAAUGAGCCAAUCGAGCCCAAGCAGACUAUAGCCAUAUCGACUCCAAAGACCUCCGCAUCAACCAUACAAGUUACCUCACUCCCGAAGAGCAACCAUACAUCAGAGCAAAAGCCACUUCAGUCCGAGAAGAGGAAGGUAGAACCAAAGGGAUUUCUGGAGACCAUGUUUGGGGAGCAUGGUGUCGAUAUCCCAGUCAAGACAUAUAAACCACACAAGGUUUAUGGUUAUACUGGAGACCCGAAGUCAUCCAGCAAAGCUGAAGAUUCUUCUGGACGUGGAAUCAAGGGCUCACCAGAAAAUUCAAGGAAACACGAGUACGAACAGUUGAGGCUGAGAACUCUCGGAAAUAACAUCGAUGCCACAAACUUCAGCUGUGAGCCAUGGAAUGCCAAAAAUGAGGACAAUUUGCCAGUCUACGGCGCUGCCAAGUCCCUACAGGUCGAAGAGCCCGUGACAAAGAAGGCUCGUACUGCGCCUGCGCCUGACGAGGACGCGCCUCUGUUCUCAGGAACCACGUACGAGACGAAGAAAGAUGAAAUUGCUGCCAGAACAGGCGAUUGGCUUGCAAAAGAAGGUUUCAGGACACGACAGGGAAUGACAAUUCCAUCACUUAGGACAGAGCAGUCACCUAAUACAGGCACAGCAUUACCUGCCGAGCGUAUGCAGCCAGCACUUGAUAGAGCUCAGCGCACAACAUCCACAGAAAUUCCAGUCAAGAAGUUUGGCACUAGGCUACAGCCUGCUGUGGACAGAGUCACUACCAGAUCUAGACUUGCCUCAACAUCAGAGAACAACGUUAUGCUGGCUCAAUCUCCCAAGGAAGCUGAAGUUCAAAAGCUAGAGAAGCAUGAAGAUAUUGACCUUCUUCGUGCAAGUGAUAUCAGAGCGGCCUCAAAGGUGGCUCGCAUGACCAAGCAAGAUAUGGAGGAGAAAAAGCGACAGGAUCGCAAGGACUUUGAGAAAGACUACGAAGCUCGAGGACGGACUGACCACUCUAUUGACGUAAGCGACAAGUCUCCGAGUCAGUCUGUUUAUGCCUCCAAUAUGAACAACGUUUGGAACCAUAUCAAGCAGCAUCCUACCGGGAUCGUUGCAAAGACAAUGCAGAAUUUGGGACUGACAGCAUCUGAUAAGAAAAUUGCCCAACCUGCUGUCAUACCUGCGGCCAGCCAGAAAGAAACGAGUCUGGUACCAAAUGUCUCGACAGCAACGAUCCAGGCGACAAGCACAUCUGAUAAGCAAUUGCAACGACUGGGAGCUGAAAUCAAGAGCAUAUAUGAACAGCACAAUGGCAAGAUUGACGACAGAGCUCUUUCUCUUGCUGAAGCACGUCCUGCAAAGCGUGCCAGUUUCGCGGAACCGACUGUAAAAGCGGGCGUUGUGCGAGACCUGGACAUGGAAAGACAUACUCAGACUUUCGAGCCUAAGUUGGCAGAUAUUGUGGACAAAGCUAAAGCUGUCAAGCGAGCGUUACAGGUUGUCGAGGUUGAGACUGAUCUGGUCCGGAAAAGUCGAACAGAUGCGGCAGCCGAGCAGCCACCAGCACGAGCAGAGUCAGCGAUGCCCCCCACUCACGAACAAGCACGUCCAGCAGCAGCUCUAGCAGAAGAUGCUGAGGUGGAUGAAACGUUCGAAGCACCUAUGAUUGUGCUCCGCCGAGAAGGCAGCAAAGUACAACUCGAACCAUAUCACGACACUUUUGUCACUGAGAAGCUAAAGAUCCACAACUUUACUAAAUUCCUAGCCUCUUUGCCUAAUCCUGGCUCAUUACUAGAGCAUUUCCCGAAGCUCGACAAGAUGGGCUACGAAUUAACUCAUGGCGAUGAAAGUGACCUGUUCUUCAAGAAACGAGGACUAAUCGAAAUAGCAAAACCUGAUCGUGCAAGCAUGAGGAAAAAUCUCGGACGCAAGAUUGCUGCUGAAGAAGCUGCAGCACAACCGAACUCUCCACCAACAGUGUCAAGAAGUGCAGCGAACGUGCUUGAUGAAAUCCCAUCAUCAAUCCCUUCGCCAGGCCCUGCACCAUCAACCGCACCUACAGCUGGUGUAUCACAACAACCAGCAACACCCUCGCAGCCAUCCGUUCAGCCCACAUCUGCGUCUAUACCACAACCCGAGGCCCAAGCAGAGUCUACAUCACAGCAACCACGCAAAAAGUCUCGCUCACCACGUGUAUCACGCCAGGAACAGGUCUUCUCUGGCCAGCAACGCCUCAAACCACAAACCACCAGCCUACCUGACCCCGAACACUUCCAGAAGCAAAACCCGAUCACAUCCUCAGCAAACUCAUACCAAUACCAGCAGGACAGUGAACCUCGUCUUUCCUGGUUCGCCAGAUUCAGGCGCUUCGUCAAGCGAACUAUCUUGACUGGACUGGCGUUUGGCGCGGGUGCCUACGGCAUAGGUGUCAUUGCUGAGGCGUUGCACGUGAAGGCACAGAUCGCACAGGGUGACACGGGUGGACCGAUGAAGCGGUUAGUGAUGGAUAGUGAGGCGAGGAAGCAGGGCGAGCGACAACGAGCAGGUAUUUUUAGCACAGAGAGCUCAAGGUAG